CUCCCACAUCACAACAACAAAGACGAAGAUGUCCGCCCCGACUUCAGGGAAACUGCGCAUAGGCUACAUCCCGGAGCACUUUGCCUCACCUCUUCUCCUCCUCGCACGCUCCCCCUGGGGUCAGGACCACAUAACCCUCGUUCCCUGCCCCUCGGGAACAGGGCAGAUCCUCACCUCUUUCCGCGACGGAAGCAUAGAUGUAGCCAUUGCGCUCACUGAGGCCCUUGUAGCGGGUAUCGCGAAGCGUGCCGCGGGGGAGGAGGUGGACCUGAAAUUGGUGGGGAGCUAUGUGAGGAGCAGUCUAGUCUGGGCGGUCAUCACGGGCAAGGAGACGAAGGCGUACGGCUCGAUUGAGGAUUUGGCGGGUACGACGCUGGGCAUCUCCCGUGCUGGAUCCGGCAGUCAGAUUAUGGGGAGCGUCAUGGCCUUGCAGCGCGGUUGGACCGCCGGAAAUGGCAAGGCGCCUAGCUUCUCGAUCCAGGACUCCUUCCAGGGUCUGAGGGACUCGGUCAAUGCUGGUAGCACAUCGGCCUUCAUGUGGGAGACGUUCACUACGAAGCCCUACUUCGAUUCAGGCGAGGUGAGGAAGAUAGGCGAGGUGCCUACUCCUUGGCCUAGCUGGAGUAUCGCAGCUACAAGGCGGGAUGCUGCAUUGGAUUCAUUCCUCGAGAAGUUGGAAGGGUCCAUCCACGAUUUCACUUCCGCCUCUUCAUUCGCUGCGGGUACGCCUCGCUCUUUUAUUGUUCAGGAGCUAGGGUAUCAGCCCGAGGACGUGGAUGCGUGGCUGGACAAGGUGAGGUGGGCUGGGGAUCAACGCCCGAAUCACGCUUCGAACACGGUGAUUGUGGGACAAGAGACGAGCACGCGUACUGUCAGUCGACAGGCGCUUGUGGAGACGGUCAAGGUGUUGAGGGAGGCGGGGGUUUUGGGGGAGGAGGAGGAGAAGAGGGCCAAAGAUCCGAGUGAGAUUGUGGAUCCGUGGGGGAAUGGGAGGGAGGGGAGGCUGGUGGAGUGAUGGCGAGAUGAAAAUGAGAUGGGUAUUUGUACAGAUGUAUGUGUGUGACAGAGAGAGGAAGAGACACGAUGUGACUACGCUACACUACGCCUCUCUACAUCCUGCGCCUUGCGGGACCUUCGAUCAGUCGGCGGCUGUGAGGGGGAUGGACGGAUGAGCUUGUGUACAAUGCAACUCCCCAUGUU